UGUCAUGUCGACCAUCUUCACAUUCAAUCUACGGUGUGAUACUGUGACAUGAUACAAAUACAAACUGUUAAUUCUAAAACAUCAAAGUCCAUUAGACCCAUUUUUAUUGAAGACAUGCAAAAAUUAAAAUGCACUGGAUGUAAUGAAGCUCUUAAUGUAACAUUAACUGGUGUCUAUUCAUUUUAACUCAGACAUUUAUUUUGAUGUGUACUUUGACUUUUUAGUGUUUCUAGUAUAUGUCCCAUCCAUUACCAUGGAGGAUGCAGGAUCUAUGACCUCUCCUGCAGGCAGCCACCAGUGGGCGAUCAGGACUCUUAGCCUCCACUUUUUGAGGCUGUCAUGAUUGGAGGAAAUAAAUAGAUAAAACAAAUUUUAAACAAAUCAAUGCAUAUUUUGUUGCUUGAAUACAUCACAGACAAAAUUAUUUAACAAUGAGGAACAUUGUCUUAUUUAUGACACAUUUAUAUCAUUAACAUUAAUCUUAUUGACCUUGUCAAGCAAUUCCAGGGUUAUAAUGAUUGACUACAGUAAAGGUCCUGUUGACUAGAUUUUUUAACAUGAAUUAAACAAACUGGAGUUUAGGUGUCCCUCACAAUGUCUCAGAUUACCCAAAUUCAGCCUAAUUAUUUAAAUUUACUUAUUUUUGAAUUCACUUUCGCUACCAAACUGAGUUUCAGAGUUGAAAGAGUUAUCUGCAGGACUGGGUAUGGCCCAUCCUGCUGAUGUGGAGAAAGGAAAAGGAAACCAAACAAGGGUGUCAACUUUUUUCAAGCUUGCUGAGGAUUUAGUUCUUGCAACAAGCCGUCCAGAAACAAGCAGUCGGUUUUCAUUGUAUCAGAGAGACCAGCGAAGCAACGAAGCUCCAGUAAAGAAGUGAAGGCAGAAGGGAAAUGUCUGCUGCAAGAAAAGAGCUACAGCAGGUGUUGUGCCGCUAUGUCACAGACACCCUCAUCUACAUCGACACUGUAAGAGGAUUCUGUGAGGACUUCUCUAAAUGGGGGCUCUGUAGGGAGACAGAAGUAAACAUGAUGAUAGAUAUCAAAGAGAGGGCUGACAUCAUCGACCUAAACAUCGACCAUGUUUCUAAGUCAGAGCAAAAAGGUAAGGCCUUUUGGGAAUAUUUGAAGAGCAAGCUGAGCAUGACCGCAGACAGCAGGCGUGCAAAGCUGCAGGAGGAGCUGGAUGCCGUGCUCAAGGACACUUUGGUUGGCCUGGCGAAGCUCGAAUACUUCCUGGAUGCAGUGGAGAAGCUGGCGGUCACUUCGCUCCAUGUGUUUACGGAGAACCAGGCGCUAUGUCUGCCCAAAGGGAUCACCCUCGAUUGUGUUCAGGUUGUCAUCACUGCGGCACGGCUAAUCUGCCCUCUCCUCCUCGAGUUCAAAAGAGACGCACAAGUCUUCUUCCUGCCCAGAUUUCAGAAUGUGGAAGUGCUCUCUUAUGAGUUGGACAAGUACAUACGGACCACGCAGAACAUCUGCGAGACGUUAGGAAAAAGCUCCCUCAGUGACUUUCAUUUGAAAAUGACGAUGGAAACUGUGGUGAACGUCGACGUGGAUCUGUCUAGAGAUGAAAUGCGGAGGAUGCUUGAUCAUAUUAAUCAGCUGGAUGAGAUCAGGAUGAACAAGCACUUCAGGAUGGUGUUCUUGUUUCAAGAGGAAUCAUUUUGUGACUUCAUCAGUGACUUCAGCAAGCGACAGGACAGGAUGCUGGAGUUUCUCAAUGACCUGGAGGAGGGGGCUAUUCAGCUCGACAGGAUGAAUAUGGGGGCAAAGAUCUCCAGCGUGGUAGGCAGCUCGGUUGGGGCGGUUGGAGGUGUGCUCUCCAUUGUUGGCUUGGCGUUAAUUCCUGUGACGGCAGGGGUGUCUCUAGCUCUGACAAUGACAGGGAUAGGUAUGGGAAUCACCAGCGGAGUCAACAGCGCUGUCACCACCGUCACAGAGAUCGGAGUAAAUAGAACUCAACAGAACAAAGCCAGAGAGGUUUUCCAGAAAUUCAUGGAGGAUGUGCAGAGUCUCCAGGAAUGUCUGGACAAGGUGACCAGUCAAGCCGACACCAAAAUGGAAGAGAGUAUCAUCACAGUGGCUCUGGGAGUUAGCAAGGGUCUUAGUCAAGUUGGUGUUAUUGCAAAAGGUAUUGAUGCAUUAGUUGAUGCUGCCUCUACUACUAAGUUGUUGAAAACCGAAGAGUUGAUUGCAGGUGUUGGUAAGGUGGUGGCUCAGGAAGGUAAAUCAUUACGUAACGUGCCCAGGGUGGCCGCAGACAUCCCAGAUAUUGGUCAGGCAGUCGCCAAAGGGCCUCUCGCUCUUUCCAAGUCAGCCAGGGCAGGUCUCAUAGCAGUCAAUGCUCUCUUCCUCGGCAUGGAUAUCUUCUUCAUCUGUAAGGACAGCAUCAGUCUGGCAAAAGGCAAUGAGACCGAGUGCUCACAGUGGAUCAGGGCCAGAGCUACUCUGUGGAGCUCAGAGAUGGAUUCAUGGAAGGGGAUCCACGACUCCCUGUGUGAGGGCCGGGAGACGUCAGAGAAAAAAAAAGCUCUUCUAGAGACACCAUUUUAUCCGGAGAUGGAUGUGAAGAAGCAAAGAGAAGUAGAAAUGGAAUUUUCUCCUGAUAAAGUGGAAAAUAAGUUUUGCUUAACACAGUAGUGCUCAGAGCAGAGAGAGUAUCUUUGUAUUAAGGUUGUCACAAUUCUCCACAAAAAGAGCUAAAUGGAACCUUGAUAAUUUGAUUUUGAGGCUUAAAAAUUGAAAAUAAUGCCAACUAAAUAUGGUGAGAUUGCCACCAGACCCUUAUCAAUAUGGAUAAAAGAUUUCGGCUUCCCCAGUGGGGGAACAGUUAGUCCAAGACAAUUACUACGGUUGGGAUAGAAACAGAAUUGGGAAUUAAAAAGAAAAAGUCAAAAAGAAAA